CUAGUAGUGCUACACCACCACCGUUCCUGCUCUUCCGCAUCACAUCCAUACCCGGGUCAACACUCGGCUCCGCGCAUCCGGCUCACAUCCCGGCGUCGCCGACCCGGGGAAAAAAAAAGAGGUUAGAAAGCAAACGCGGCGCGCAGCGAUGGCAUCCGUCUUCCAGCCGGGCAACACGGCGGUGAUCACGGGCGGGGCGUCGGGGAUCGGGCGGGCGCUGGCGCGGCGGUGCGCGGCGCGCCACGGGAUGCGGGUGCUGGUGGUGGACUGGGCGGUGCCGGGGACGGCGGCCGAGGGCGCGCAGGAGCAGGAGCAGGAGCAGGAGCAGGGGCAGGAGGCGGCGAUAGCGGCGGCGGUGGUCGCGCCGGAGCCCAACGACGACGACGAGGAGCCGCCACUGCCGCCCGGCAGCGUCUCCGCCGUCCGGGCCGACGUGAGCAAGCCCGAGGACUGGGCCCGCGUGCGGGACAGGGUCGAGAGGGAGUUUGGUGGCCAGAUCAACCUCCUCGCGCUGAACGCAGGCGUGGGCGCGGCGUCGUCGUUCGGGGGCACGGGGCUGAGCGCGGCGUUCCGGCGCGUCUUCGACGCGAACGUGUUCGGGGUCGUCGAGGGGCUCGAAGCACUCCUACCGCUCGUGCGCGCGCGCGCGGCGGCGGCGGCGGCGGCGGGCGCGCCCGACGACGACGACUACCAGGCCGCGCUCGUCCUCACCGGCUCCAAGCAGGGCAUCACGAACCCGCCCGGCAGCCCCGCCUACAACGCCAGCAAGGCCGCCGUCAAGGCCGUCGCCGAGCAGCUCAGCUACGAGCUGCGCGGGCUCGCUGGGGUCGGCGUGCACCUGCUGGUGCCGGGCUGGACCUGGACGAAGCUCGCGGGCGCGGGCGCCCCCGGCGCCGCCCGCCCGCCCCCCGGCACCGGCCCCUGGGCCCCCGCCCAGGUCGCCGCGUUCCUCGAGGAGCGCGUGCGCGCCCGCCGGUUCUGGGUCCUCUGCCCGGACUACGACGUCAGCGAGGAGGUCGACCGCAAGCGGAUGCUGUGGACCGCCGACGACGCUGUCAAGGGCCGCCCGCCGCUGAGCCGCUGGCGCGACGAGUACAAGGACGAGUUCGCCGCGUGGAUGGCCAAGGACUUGUGAGCCUGCUGCUCGGCCCGCCCGCUCGGCUUCCGGCCGGGGUCGCGGUGGAAGGAGGUGGAGACGUAGGUUUAGGGGCGAGUCGCCCGCGGCCGCCCACGGCUCGCCGGAGGGGGGAGGGGAAGGGAAGGGAGGCGACGGCGUGGUCUCCCCCUCAGGGGAUAGGUACGGCUGCUGUGUCUAGCUACAAGGUCCUCCCGAAAAUACGCAGUAGUUUCUUGUCGUGACUGUCGCCGUCGCCGCGGCGUGUCUGCGCACGAACGCUGGUCCCUGUCGCAUGGUGAUGCCGACGGACAGGCCCUGGUGC